AUAUUUUUGUUGAAAGUAGAUAAAAUGGCGACGUUAAUUCACACUUUAGCAGAUCAUAGUGAUGAUGUCAACUACUGUGCCUUCUCAUCAUCGUGCUUGGCUACUUGUUCCUUGGACAAAACAAUUCGUGUUUAUUCUUUAAACAACUUUACUGAGCUUCCAUACUCGCCUUUAAAAGGUCAUACAUAUGCUGUCCACUGCUGCUGCUUCUCUCCAUCAGGACACGUUUUAGCUUCUUGUUCAACAGAUGGCACUACCAUGGUUUGGGACACUCGCAAUGGUCGGAUGCUGGCAGUGCUAGAGCAGCCCAGUGGCAGUCCUGUUAGAGUCUGCCGAUUUUCUCCUGAGUCCACGUAUCUAGUGUCAGGGGCAGCGGAUGGGAGUGUAGUUCUUUGGAACAUGCAGUCAUUGAAACUGUACAGAUCUGGGAAUGUUAAAGAUGGUUCUUUGGUGGCCUGUGCAUUUUCUCCUAAUGGAAAUUUCUUUGUCACUGGAUCAUCGUGUGGUGAUUUAACCUUUUGGGAUGAUAAAAUGAGAUGCCUGUAUAAUGAAAAAGCACAUGAUCUUGGCGUUACCUGCUGUGACAUUUCUUCGCAGCCAAUUUCUGAUGGUGAACAUGGAUUCAGAUACUUCCAGAUGGCUUCUUGUGGUCAAGAUAAUCAGAUCAAACUCUGGCUUAUUUUGUUUGCAGAUUUCUUAGGUGUUGAAUUGAAAUAUAAAUGCACAUUGAAUGGACAUUCUGCCCCAGUUCUGGCUUGUGCAUUUUCUUAUGAUGGGCAGAUGUUAGUUUCAGGGUCUGUGGACAAGUGCGUCAUAAUAUAUGAAACUAGUACUGGCAAUACCCUUCAUACUUUGUCUCAGCAUAGCAGAUAUGUUACAACUUGUGCUUUUGCACCAUAUAGUCCCUUACUUGCCACAGGUUCAAUGGAUAAAACUGUGAACAUAUGGCAGUUUGACCUUAAGCAACCGUGUGCAGGAAAUACUGUAGAAAAUGAAUCUAAGGUGACUGUUGAGGACUGGUCAGAGGAUGAUGUUUCAGCCUGGCUUUGUGCCCAAGACUUAGCAGACUUUGUUGGGCUUUUCAAAAUGAAUAACAUUGAUGGCAAGGAACUGCUGAAUCUUACUAAAGAAAGUCUGACUAAUGAAUUAAAAAUUGAGUCUCUAGGCCUGCGCAGUAAAGUCCUCCAGAAAAUUGAAGAAUUGCGGAUGACAACGAUCUCUGUUUCUGUUACUAUCCCCGAUGAGUUCUUGUGCCCUAUAACAAGGGAGCUUAUGAAGGAUCCUGUCAUCGCAUCAGUAUUUGCGUGUUACACUGCUAUCCUGAAACAUGGGACUCCUCUGCUUUUCCGAACAUCGGGUGGGCAUAUCUGGGAGUUCCUCACACUGCUUUAUUUUUAUAGAAGUUGAUGAAUAAUAACAGAAAUGUUAGCUAUUGCAGCAGGAGAAAGGUUGGUUUUUGGCAAGACAGGUGAAGGAAAGUAUAGUUCUGUGUUCGUAAACUGCUGUAUUCACUAACUAGCUACUUCACUGCCUGACACUGUAGAACUGAAGUUCCUGUAGUAUGAACGCGGCUGACUUUAAGAUGUGGGCAAUUCUGCAGAUUCAAAUUGGAGGAAUUUAGAUAUUUCUGAGAUUAGAAAGUAACUAACUGAAGUGAGCUGGGUAUUUUGUUUAGGUUCGUAAGCUAAGUAAGAGUUAAGUAAAACUUUUAUGCUUUUGUGCUAUGUAGAAUUUCAGGAAAACUAAAUAGAAGGUAGAAUGCCAAACUGCCUGUUUCUUUUACUCAAGUGACCAGCCUAAAUAAGAUUUUUUUCCAUGUUAAGUAAGUGGCCGAUAUUCAAUAAAGGGGAAGGAAAUAGAGUGUCACCCUGUGUUAGAGGAGGGGUGGAGGACACAGGUUUGUAUUUCAUCAGAUGGAGGGGUUCCUGGGUGAUUGUGCUAAUACGUGGCAGGGUGGGGUGGGGUUUAUUCCUCUAUUUCUGUUCUUCAAGUAGCAGCUUGUUACGGUGCUGACUGGAAGAGCUGAAAUCCUGAAACUAGAUGGGCGUCGAGGGCCAAGUGCCCAACUCGGGGCUUGGUCGGCCCGCUGAGUGUUCAUUGCUGAGUACUGCACAGCAGCAGUCUUUAGUUGUGUUAGCCAUUAGAUGUUAACGAGCUUUUAGUUCAUAUUAUGGAUCUUUCAAACUGAAAAGGAAGUCUUAUGUAACGUGCACAAUUUAUUUUGAUGCUUUGCAGUCAGAGAGAGAUAGAAACAUGAAACUAGCCUGAACUGUUUAUAUUGAUGGUCAGCUAUCAUUGUCCUUUUUUUUUUUUUUUUUAACUAUAAAGCGUUCCUGAGGUGAAAAUAAUUUUUAAAAAGUUAGUCAAGAACUUUAUAUCCAGCUAAAUGGAAAUGAUUGUUUAAAUUGUGAUUAAAAUCUAAUGGUUUUAUUAACCAAAGGCAUGCACUAACUUUAACACCAAUAUGCCUUUUAUGUAUUUUUUUUUUUGGUAAAGCACAGCUUUUUUUUUGUUUGGUUGGUUUUUUUUUUUGUUUGGCAGGGAGUUCUCCCUCCACCUUAGGCACUUUUUUUUUUUUUAACUAACUAACUGACAUGGUGGUUUUAUUAACAACUCUGUUUCAUCUAUAGUAAUGGUUCAGUACCCUUUAUUUUCCCUCUCCCAUUGUCCUUAACUAGCAAAUACAAACAUUGCAAUGUAUUUCUCAAAGCACUGGGGUGGGGGGAGAAUAUUACUUGCAAAUGCUUGGUGAGGCUUGACAAUGUCUAAUAUGGUGUCUUCGGAGUAAUUUAGAACUAAACAUCACAGAGCUAAGCAACUGCAGUUACAGGCAACUUGAUGAGCAUCACUUGAUUUCCUUUAAAGGAACUGAGUAAGCACUGUUGUUUGUUAUAAAUGCUGAUUGUCAAUGCAGUUUCCUGGCCAGCCACCUCACUGGUUCAGUGUUUCUUGCUCUGAUGAUUCCUUUUUACAGCCUUGUAAUGAACUUCAUCUGUACGGUAGGUAAUUCCUUAACCACAAAUAAGGACACAGGAAGUCUUUAUGUAAUUUGGUCCUGUUGUGUACCUUAGUCACCAGUUCAUGCAUGAACUUGACUUAAUCCCUUGACCUCAUCAGAGACAAUCCCUUGGGUGGGAAAGGGCUAGUUUAGCAAAGGUCUCUCGCUGGCAUGCCUCUGCUGCUAACAAACAAACAGACAGACGAGGCAAAAUUCCAAGCCAACUGAAAUCACUACAGCAGCAAAACAUCAGUGUACGUACACACAGAGCCUUUUCUAAAGACAUCUCUAUUUUGUGUGUCCUUAUGGCCAUACCUGGCUCUUGGCAUGGGGCGGGGAGGGGGGUGUCUUCAGACGCAGCUGCAAGAGUUUUUCAGACAAUAUGCUGCUUUGAAGUCAUCAAUGAACCUAUGCAGCUGUAACUUAUUUGACAAAUUUGCAGUGCUUUCUAAAAUAGCUUGUACUGGUUAGUUUGCUGAGUACAGUAUAAUUUAGAAAGGUUGAACCAAAUUUUGAUCUUAAUACUGUUGUAUAAAGUUUUACUGUAGUAUGUUUAACUAUGUAAUUUGAAACAAAUAUGUUUCAGUUUAUGGUAAAGCUUUCACAGACCAUUUUUCUGUAUCUCAGUGUUCCUGUUUGGAAAUACUGAUCCCCUUACAUCCCUUUUAAAUUUAAAUAGCUACAAGCUGUACAGUAUAACAGUGCCCAGGCAUCUGUAGCAUAAGCUGGUGAUGGUGGUUUCU